AUGAGCUACAAACACACCCAGAACAACACACUCCCGGGUCCACAGCUAGUAUCAGGAGCGCUUAUCGAAGUGGCCAAACCCCUGGGAAACCAGCAGUUCAGAGUCUGGGAGAAGAUGAAGAUGGUCCAAUACACUCCUGUGAUUCUAAACCCCAACACUGCAAACCUCUGUGUCUGAUGAUCUGACCAGUGUGAGAUUUGAGUGUAGCUGGACUUCACCAGUGGGGAGGUGUCCUUUUACGACCCCAAAGAUAUGACACAUAUCUACAAUCACAAAGACACGUUUACUGAGAGA